CGGCCCCCGCUGUCGGCGAGGGCUCCAGCACUCGUCCAUUUGGUCGCCAAACAGGGGGAGCAUGGAUGAACCGGGGAAGGAGGAGGAGGAGGAGGAGGAGACGGGGGCUUCCCUGGGCUCCGUCGCCAAGGAGACGGCAAAUGGCCGGGACCCCGGGACUGCGGACCAGACGCCGUGGCCGAAGCCCUCACCGACGGCCCUCCAUCCGCGCCGCUCUUCCGAACCCGAUUACAAAUGGCUGCUGAAGGCCAGGAGAAACCAAUUCCGACCUAUGGCUACACUUAUAGACCCUUCUCAUCCCCUGCACCUCAACAAAAAACCAGAGUGCCAGAAGACCCCGUCAGUGAAGAUUCCGCCUCUUCGGCCUUCAGUUGACGGACAACUUUCAUCGUGGCCCGCCUACAGAAAUACCCUAACGGUCUUAAAGUACAUCAAGCCUUGUUCUCCUGGACCCCGUAAAAGAGGUCAAAAAUAUUGUAAUCUGAUCGCUUCCAAGCCAUAUUACCUGAAGCAACUGGAAGACUACUUGAGGAGAGAGCUGACCUACCUGGACCUAAUAAAAGAGAACAAUCAGGAGCUCAGGUUUCAGCCUUUCAAGGAAGUCUUUGAAUUCUUUAUAGAGGACUUCAAAGACUUCAGGCCCUUGCUAACGUCCAUAAAGAAUGCAUAUGAGUUUUUGCUGGGCAGCCUAAGGGAGAAGAUUCGGGCCCUCGAGCCCCUGCAAUCGAAAUUGAUCACUCUUCGUGAAGAGCACACGCAGAAGAUCCACGCCAUCCGGUCUGAAGAGAAACUUGAAAUCAAGAGGCUGAAUGAAGAUAAAGUUAAUUUGUUCAGGGUUAUCAGCGAAAAGGAUGAAGAGGUGCUCUCUCUGCAGGCUCAAGUGGCCAGGCUGCAGAAGAGUUUGUCAGAGGAGUACCUCCGAUAUCGUAACGAGAGUGAUGCCCGAAAGGUCCUCCUUGCAGAUCUUAUUGAUUUGCGAUAUCAUCAGGAGGAUCUGGCCCUCCUCCAGCCUGCAGAGGUUUGGAGGAAAGACCCAGUGCAGAUGAACCUGGCCUUAAAGAUGGCUCGUCGAGACCUCACCCAAGCCCAGGAGGAGUUGAACAUAAUGAGGGCAAAUUUCGGCGAUGUCGUCCCCCUGAUAAUCUUUCAACGGCUGGAGAAAAAGUAUAAUGACCUAGUGGAAGAGGCAGGGAACCUGAGGCAGACCUUGGCGGACCUGCUAAAGGAAUACGACACGUUGGUCGCGGUGCACAAAGAGGUUUGGAAGGAGCGGGAGCAGCUUACCCUGGAGGUGCAGGAGUUCCGCCGUAGUUCUACUCCCCGGCCCGACUGGUCCAAGUGCCCGGAGGUGGUGGCCGGAGGGAUAGACCGAUGGAAGCAACUGACCCGGGGAAAGAACAGUGACCAGAUGGUGGAUGUGCUGCUGGAGGAGAUUGGAGAGAGACUGCUGAGAGACAAGGAGGUCUUCCCAGGACUGGGUAAGAGUGAUGAAGUGCCUGUGUACCUGCGGCAUGUCGGUGCCGUCAAAAACAGGAAGCUGUGCAAAAAGGAAGUGUUGGACUUCAUCAAGGAUUUCUGGAAAGCACGAGAAGAAGAAGGGUGUCAGGAGCCUCCGAAGGUAUGGAAGGAGAGUCUGCCGGAAUAUUUCCUCAGAUACAUAAAACAGCGCUACGGGGACCCUUCAGCCAUGGAAUGGACCUACAGUAUCUACGAGAGCCUCAGGAUUUUCCGCACCAGUGAGAUCAUAAGACGGUUCUACGACGUCCUGAUCGGAAAGGUGGAUGAGAGCACAGUCCUCGGCCAGAACCAGAUCAUAGCCCAGUUGCUGAGUGAACUGAGCAGGGUAGACGUCCUGAAGGAUGGGCUCAUCAGUCUGGACCGGUUCAGCACCAUCCUCACGAAAAGCUUCCCCCUGAAGACGGAGGAGCAGUUCAUGGAGCUGUUUCAGGCCAGCGGAUGCGCCUUGGAUGACUGCUCUAAACCAGUGCAGUACCGAGCACUGUUCAUCGAGGAUGAAGACGGCAACACGGGGCCCUUCAUUCACAAGCUGCGGAGUCAGUACCUGAAUGAGAAGCUGGCCUACCUGCAGGAAUUGCGUCAAGCGUUGGAACCUGGCCCGAAGGUGAAUGCGAAGCAGAUGCGGGCAGCCUUUAUCGCCAUUGACCCCAGUCUGGAUGCGGAGAUGGUUGACAACUACGCGGCCCAGGCCUUCCAGUGCCCUGCGAUUGAACUGGAGCUAGAGGGCUUCCAGCCAGUGGAGACCUUGCUGAAGCAGCUGCGGGCUGGGACCUUCCAGCGAGCCGGGCCCCAGAAUCCUGGGGCUGCCAAGUAAACCAUUCAUGACCUCAA